AUGGGUGACCAUCGAACAAACACCCUGCAUUACGGGCAAUUGGGCACUGCAACUUAUCUACCAGACCUGCAGAUAUGGGAAUUUUCACGCAAGAUCGAAAGAGAGCCGGCGCUUAUCUUUUACGGUCAUUUUAAAUGUUCCCUACCUGCGUCGAGCGCUUGGAGUAACAUCCACGAAAGCAGCGCGCCAUUAACCAGCAAAAAGGAGGAGGCCUUACUGAAAGUGAGGCCAGAGCUAGCGCCUGGCCUGGGAUUGUUAAGUCGAUAUGAAGUUUCGUCCCGAGCAAUCACCGUUGCUGCAACCAAGUUCGACCCCAACGUUUCUAAUCUUUUGGCUGUUGGAACCGCGGUCAACUUUAACUACCGCAGUUGUGGCCGUUCCGCUAUACCAAUUGCAGUUCUUGCUGACGCUGACUCUGCUACAUCCAUCCAACUUGUGGAAUUGGACGAAGAGAGUGUCCCAUGGCCUCCGGAUGGUGACAGGUUAUGUCACGUACCGACUCUCCGGAGCCGGGGAAAGGCGCUGUGGAUGGCGACUGCCGGACCUGUGCAGCAGAUAUGCUUUGCUGAAACUCUGGAUGAAAAGAGUACAUGGCUAGCUGUGCGGUUUCUACAGGCAACCAUCGUAUUCCGCCCUCAGUACAACAAGCUCCCGCUCUCCGCCCAUUACGACGAGAUGGACUUCGUGCGGGGAGGUCAGGAAGAUACACAUCUGGAUGCCAACCCUAUCCUACAUGUAUCAAUCUCCCUAACAGGCGGGUUGCCGCAUGCCGAUGUUACGUUUAAUCCAUGGUACCAACAACAGAUUGCAAUUGUCGAUCGUCAGGGAAAUUGGAGUGUCUGGGAUAUUGGGAAGCCACGCCAAAGUACGAUUUGGCGCGCUGAUCGUGGCCCGUCCGGCAGCUUGGGCUUGCAGGGCACAUUGCAGAAAGAUGAGCAUGCCCAAAGAGACCAUUACGAUGGAUGGGCUGCUGUUUCUUGGGUGGGAGAUGUUCAUAAGUUGCUAGUUUGCGACAGACGGACUAUAGCCUUGUUUCGAAUAAAUACUGAUCCUGUACAACGCCAUCCUGUUGACGUUGGCAUAGAGCGCGAGUCCGAGUGGAUCUUAGACAUUAGAAGGAGCCAGUCAAACCUCGCUAGCAUAUUCGUUCUCACAACCACGCAAGUAUUUUGGCUGCAUGUUAAUAGUGAAGGCUUUCCAUCAUCUAGCUGUGAGGAAGAAAACCAGGAGAUUUCCGUCCUUCUCUCUUGGCGUCAUUUUCGAGAUCCGGAAGAUACUAGUCUUCGAUUGGUGCCCUUACUCGUACAUAACGAUUUUUCCCUCGUUCUAACCUCGCGACUCAACUCCAUGGCACAGGUAUUUCGCUUCUCUUUCUCACCAGAUGAUCCAUCAAUUCCAGUAUCGGUCGCAGACCCAUGUCUUCUUCCAUUGCCCACUAGUAGCAGUGGAGAUGGAAAAAUCCCUAAACAGCUGUCAGAUAGUUCUUAUUUUUUGUCUAUGAUGUUUCAACAAGUCACAGACUCUAAUAUCAUGGAUCCCAUCAAUGACAACAAAACCCUCAAGCUCGUCAAAUUCGUUGGCCAGCGCGCCAAUAUGGAGGUCAUUGAGUCCUUAUACGUCGCAAGGAUUGAUAGUGAGGAAGGCGCCUAUGAGCCAUAUAGUUUCACUCCUCAACGGCGGAAAUCGGUGAGAAGCGAAAAAUGGGUUGACGAAGAUGAUUUUAUAGUGGAUGAUUUGAACGAAAUGGUACUGCUACCGUCCUUCCAGAGGAAAAUUUGGAAUGAAAAAAAUAAAAUUCUGCCAGGCCAACCUUUACGUGCCUUCCCUUACUCCGAGAAUUGGACUGGGCUGUACGAGUUGGCUGCUGCGGCUGUUACUUGUCUGAAAGGGAGUCGGGGAGGGUUGGCAUUGAACAGAGCUGAGAAGAAAGGCGCCUAUGAGCCAUAUAGUUUCACUCCUCAACGGCGGAAAUCGGUGAGAAGCGAAAAAUGGGUUGACGAAGAUGAUUUUAUAGUGGAUGAUUUGAACGAAAUGGUACUGCUACCGUCCUUCCAGAGGAAAAUUUGGAAUGAAAAAAAUAAAAUUCUGCCAGGCCAACCUUUACGUGCCUUCCCUUACUCCGAGAAUUGGACUGGGCUGUACGAGUUGGCUGCUGCGGCUGUUACUUGUCUGAAAGGGAGUCGGGGAGGGUUGGCAUUGAACAGAGCUGAGAAGAAAGGUAAAUCUUUUGAUAGCUGGUUGGAAAAUAUGAGUGACCAUAUGGGAGAUUGGGCAGUGAGGGAUUCAGAAUCAUCGCCAAACUCCAGAACACUGCUUGAAAUUCUUCCAUCUCCUCCUUCCCUGGAUGACAUUGAUCGUAACACGAACGAUUUCGAUCAGAUUUUAAGAACCUUUUCAGAUUCAGCGCAAACCCUCUUAGCGGGAUACCGAAUCACCUGUGUCCCGAUGCCAUAUUCCCCAUCCGCCUGCGUUUCGGUGUCUGAUUCCAAUUCCGCUCAUGAAACACCGGCCAGCGUCACUAAGCUAUAUGAUUCUCUGGUCCACAACUGGCUUUUCCGACUCCCCGGGGACGUCCCAAAUAAGAUUCGAAUGGCCAAAGAGAAAAUGAUACGUAAUAUCGUCAUGCAAUUGAUCCUGUCAAGAAUCAUUAUCACCAGACGACCAGAUGUUGAACUAUCAGAUUCCCAUCACAUCUCCGAGUCCGAAGACCUCUAUUCUUAUCUCCCCUCAUCAGCACCAGCAUCAAUCGAACCCUUGCCCCAGUCGAAAAAUCCCACCUUAACCGUCACUUCCUCUACUGGGCACACCGGAUUAGACACAGAUAGUUUCUUGCCCACAUCUUCCCAGGCCGCUACCACAGCCACCACUACCGACACAACCCCAACCCCAGGCACCUCUGCACAACCACAAACCCUUUACUCAACCUUACGCCUCUACACAGCCCUAAAACCCCAACAACCCCCCACCCUCCCCCGCCGCAUAACCUCCACCCUCUCGCACUGGAAACUCGGCACAGACCCCUCAACCUACAACUGGCGAGCAGCCGUCCACCGCCUCCGUGAAGAAGAAAUGGAAAUCGAAAGUCAAAGCGCCAGUCUGCGGCGGAAGAGGCGCGAGAGGCGCAGGCUGCAAAAACAACAGUCGCAAUCGCAACAGAGUCUGGGUGUCAAUGUUGAUUCGUACGCGGCUUCAUCUCUAGUUUCCGGGUCUCAGGUGCCUGUUGUGAGGAUGUCGGGGAGACAGAGCCAGAGGGUGGGGCAGAGUCAGGAGUCUGGGUCGUUGUUGGGGAGUGGGAUGGGCAUUGGUGCACCGGCUGUGCUGAGUAGUCAGGGUAUGGAGGAGGUGGAUGUGCCGAUGACGCGGGUUGAGAAGGGGUUGAUUGGGGGGAGGAAGGCUGUGAAGGGGAGGAAGAAGAACAGGGCGGCGGGGUUUUAG